AACCAAGACAUCCGAACUCGACCCCGAAUCGGGGACAUUCGUAGAAGGAUAGUUCUCAGAUCUAGUAAAAGUGGGUAAUUCUUUUGCUUGUGACGAAAUACUAAAAUAAUUUUGCUAAUAUCAUAUAUUUUGUAAAUACUUGAUAGUAAAUAUGGUAUCAAAUAAAUUGUACUUAAAAAAUCUGCGCUGGCCUUGGAUAUAAUUAUGAAUAAAGAUAGAAAGGAUUGAGAAAAAACGUAACAAAAAUACAUAGGUGUUCAAAUUUAUUAUUAUUUGGUUAAUAUCUCAAUUUCAUGGCUAAUAAUGAGUGGUCAAAUUCCCGAGUUUUGUUUUCCGACAUGUUUUCAUUUAGUUUUGAACCAGAGAUUUUGACAUUUUUGUGGGGAAUUUGCGCAAAGAAAGCGGAUGGAAUUCAACGUGAUUAUCGAUAUUUACUUCCAAGCUCAUCAUCCCUCUUGCAAAUUUUUGUUCCUCAUUCACCCGAGCGAUCCAAUUUUUUAUCGUUCCUGAAAAACACGAUUACUACCGGGAGGUCCGUCGUCCUUGUUGGGUUUUCUUCGUAUGGGGCGUUUAAAGUACUGCAAAAACUACGUUAUGAAGGACUCGUGGGAAUAAAAGACUCUGUAACGCAGUUUGCAAACUACUUGACAACUCCAAAAAACCUCACAACGUCCAACGGUUUGGAAUUAGCUUUAAGAACAACAGUUCCAAAAUCCAGUGUGAUUCCGAGCAGCAGCAACUUGGCGACAAGACCUUCCGACCUUUCUCUCAGUAAUGGUGGUGAUUCGAGUAAUGGUACUUCUCACGCCAAUACACUACACAGUAGACUGAAUGAAAUAAAUGUGCCUGCUGACCAUUUUUCGGUCACUCCAAUCAAUGGGGAAAUUGCGACAGGGGAUGAAGACAUGCUAGAAGUUCAGGGUCAAUAUUUUGGUCCCGUGGAUCAAGGGAUUGAGACGUUUAAUCCUGAAAUGAUAUAAAAUUUUACCUGAAGGAUCCUUGGACACAUUUGUGAUCUCUCUCUGGCUGGCACGAUAAUACGUUGAAUGAAAAUUGAGACGUGUUCAAAAGUCUACUUUAUUUUUGCCAAUGUCCUCUCCAAGUGCUUUCACAGUCGAUCAUCAUGCCACUUAAUUAAACAAUUGUUAUUUUGUGUUAUUCACAUUUCAUCUAGUCAAUACUACUCGAGUUCCAAAAAUAUUGUGUUUUCUUCUGCCAACUUUCACCAUUCGAUGAAAUUGUUAUGGUUCCUUCAAGUUAUUUUUAAAUUCUUGUAUUUAUCAGCGCGACAUGACGAUAAUUGUUAAAUAAGGUGGAUAUAUUAAAUGCAAUGUAUUUCAAAUAAAUUAAAACUAAAAUGAA